UGCAAAAACGCAGAUAAGAAUGGUUUUGCACAACUUUAGUAACAAUUUAAUUAGAACUGUUACUAAUGCAUGUAUUAGACAGAAAGAGAGAAAUGGCAAUAAAUGUGCUCGAAGAUUAUACAUGGCAUUGCCACAUCUUACACCACAAGAGGUCACUACUGUUCUACAAACAAAUGAGUAUACCAAGGAAUUUAAUGGGCAAAGUUCUAUAAAAUAUUAUGACUCUAAUCAAUUAGCAUCUAAUAAUCCUAUGGAAGAUGCCCGAUCAGAAGCACAAUGUUUACUCACUAAAGGAAUUUUGUUGGGUGUGUUCGAUGGUCAUGGAGGUAGUGCAUGUGCACAAGUGACAUCCCAAAGACUUUUUCAUUAUAUAUCUGCUUGUUUGUUACCUAGAAAAUUACUUAAACAAUACUUAAACACAGUCAAUUCGAAUAAUAAGUUAGAACUUUUACAAACAUUUAAUGAUAAAGCUGAGUUUAGUUCUAGAAAUAAAGAUCUGUAUCAAAAAAGUUUCUUAAAUUUUGUGAAAGAUCUCAUAGAAACGGAAUGUACAUCAGAAUUUCAAAUGGAAACAGCUUUGGAAAAUGCAUUUAUGAGAUUAGAUAACGAUUUAUCGUAUGAGGCGUUGUUAAACUUAGGUAAAAAAGAUUCGGAAGAAUUUUUUGAGAUCGCAAUGAGUGGUGCUGUAGCUGUUGUUGCACACAUAGAUGGUCCUCAUUUGCACGUUGCUGGAGUAGGUGACUGCCGAGCAGUACUUGGGACACUUUCCGAAGACGACGGCUGGUCUGCAAAGUUAAUGAAUGUAGAACACAAUACCGAUAAUCGCGCAGAAGUUGAAAGAAUUUUAUCUGAACAUCCACCGAACGAAAAGUCGACUAUAAUUAAAAUGGAACGACUUCUUGGUCAAUUAGCGCCUCUUCGUUCUCUAGGUGAUUUCCAAUACAAAUGGAAUAAACAAAUUUUACAGAAAGUAGUGUCACAUAUAGGCGAAGCCAUGAUACCACCAAAUUAUCAUACUCCACCGUACUUGACGGUCAAACCAGAAGUUAAAUAUCAUAGACUAACACCCAGAGAUAAGUUUCUUAUAAUAGCAAGUGAUGGUCUUUGGGAUUUAAUAUCACCUUUGGAAGGUGUGCGCUUAGUCGGCGAACAUAUGAGCGGGAAAGUAACAUUGAGUUCACUACGGUUACCCUGCAAAAACAUGAAGCUGUCUGAUAUAAAUAAAAUGUUAUUGCAACGUAAAGAAGGAUUAAAAAAGAAACCUCUCGAUAGCAAUGCAGCAACACACCUACUAAGACAUGCACUUGGUGGAACAGACUAUGGUAUAGAUCACGGAAAAUUAUCACGCUUAUUGACAUUGUCUAGUCCAGUAGUACGGAUAUUUCGUGAUGAUAUCACAGUAACUGUUGUUUAUAUGGAUUCUGAAUUUUUAAGACAUUGUCCUCCUUAAAUAGAUUAAGAUAUCUUAUUAUUUUUAUACAAUAUUUUCCACCUAAUUCUAACUCGUUUUCAAGCGUUACUGGAGACCACCGAUCUGUCAUAGUGUACAUCUUGUUAUUUAUUUAGUUAACAAUAAAAACAUUUUACAUGGA